AUGGCCUCACAAAAGGACAUUGAAGUGACGGCAUCGCCUCCUAUAUCAUCAACCACAUCAUCAGAACGGGAUGAGAGCUAUGAGUUCUAUAAACAACACCAAGGGCUUGAAUACACAACCGAGGAAGCCAAACGAGUUUUGCGCAAGAUUGAUAUACGCCUGAUCCCAUUGCUAUUCCUAAUCUACAUGCUUCAGUAUCUGGACAAGAACAGCAUCAACUUUGCAUCAGUAUAUGGCUUAAAAAAAGGAACACACUUGAAGGGACAGCAAUAUUCAUGGCUUAGCUCCAUUUUCUACUUCGGAUACCUCAUUGCGCAAUGGCCCGCAGGACUAGCUUUGCAAAAGCUGCCCGUCGGCAAAUUCCUUGCCAUCACCACACUAGUGUGGGGUGGUUUACUCAUGACGACACCUGCAUGCUACAACUUUGCUGGAAUCGCAAUCAACCGCUUCCUUUUAGGGAUGGUCGAAGCAGUUGUGACUCCUGGAUUUGUUCUUAUGACUGGCAUGUGGUACACAUCUGAAGAACAACCUCUGCGACUAGAGGCAUGGUACUGCACUAAUGGUAUCGCGACAAUGUUCGGAGGUCUUAUUGGCUAUGCGGUCGGACAUAUCACCACUGGACUUCCACGAUGGAUGUACGUCUUCCUUAUUUUUGGAGCCUUUUCCAUCGCGGUAGGAAUUAUUGCCUUGGUCUUUCUCCCCGAUCUUCCAUCAACUGCCAAAUUUCUCAGCGAGCGUGAGCGAGCCAUAGCAGUUGAGCGUGUCGCAAUCAACAGACAAGGUGUCAAAAGCAGUCAGUUCAAAUGGUAUCAGGUCCGACAAGCGGCCGAAGAUCCGAAGACCUGGCUUCUGUUUAUCAUGGCUAUUGGUGCACAAGUCCCGAACUCGGCAUUGACAAGUUUUACUUCCAUCAUCGUUGGCACUUUCGGAUUCGACACACUUGGAACACAAUACUUGCAAAUCCCUGGCGGUGCGGUUCAGUUCAUCACUCUUAUUCUCGGAGGUUAUAUUGCAACAAAGUUCGAUGGCAAAUUUCAUUCACGAUUUGCAUGCAUGAUCUUUGCUUGCACAGUCUGUAUCAUUGGGUCCGGUCUUCUUGUCGGACUACCGGACACCAACAAAUGGGGCCGCCUUGUUGCACUCUGGCUAUGCUAUUUCCAAGGUUUAGGAUUCAGCAUGAGUCUGACAAUCGUUAGCUCCAACAUUGCUGGAUAUACUAAGAAGCAAGUUACCGGUGCACUUCUAUUCACUGGAUACUGCGUGGGGAAUAUCAUUGGGCCUCAGACUUUCAAGUCUAGCGAGGCUCCUAGGUAUAAGAGUGCUUAUAUUGCGAUGCUCGCUGGAUAUGCAGUAAAGCUGACCUGCAUUGUCGCUUUGUAUAUUUACAUGUAUCUCGAGAAUAAGCGUCGAGACCGGGAAGCAGUUGAUAGCCAGGAGAUUGAGGCAGAAGGUGUUGAAAAUGGCAUGCUGGCUGAUCCAUACGCACACCUCCUUGUGCGUGAACAUUUUGAUUGGUGGGAAGACGUGGAGAAUGAUAUCGCCAUAAAGGCCAAAGCCAUCCCUCCAAUCUCUACCGUUUCUAAACUGGGCUUGAAGGAUGACAUCACUAGGAAUACCAAACCCAUCCCUAAGCCAUCUACCGUUCCUAUCACAGCCCCUAAACUGGACGAGAAAUACGCGCGUCUUCUUGUUCGCGAACAGUUUGACUGGUGCGAGGAUGUCGAUAAUGGCAUUGCCAUGAAGACCAAAGCCCUCUCUUUGGACACUAAAACCCCAACUGCGGACACUAAGGACCUGGCUACAGCUUCCACUUUCCCUGUCACCGCCAACAUAAUGAAUGGCGGGGAUGUCCAACGUCCUAUUAUUACACAAUACAACUGCCAGGGGGAUGUUGAUAAUGAUGUCGUUAUCAAAGCCAAAUCCCUUUAUAUGGAGACCCAUAUCCCUACCACAGGCACCAAUGACCAGGCUAGCACUUCCACCGCUACAAAAUUGGAUGAUGAGUAUGCCCAACCACCUGUCCGUGAACAUGACAACCGGCUGGAGCAUUUUGAGAACGACACUACCUUGAACACCAAAGCUGUCGCUAUAGACACUGAAAUCACUACUAUCGACAUCGGGGAUUUGGAUACAUCUUCCACCGGUAGUGCUACUAUCAAAGAGCUGGGCGAUGAGGAUAUCCAAGUUCCUUUUGAUUACGACCGUUCGGAGGAUGCCAAGAGUGAAUCCACCGUGGACACCGAAGACCUCGAUGUCACUUCCAUUGGCACUGCCACCGCUAGAAAGCUGGUAUCUAUUCCCACUUCCAAUUCGCCUAUCCCCUUCAUACAUCAGAGAUUAACGAUGGUAAUACUAAAGGACGACGAGGGAAUCCAACACCUCGUUAGUGAAUGUGACAAUUGGUCAGAGCGCCCUAUUAGUGGACAUGAUGAUUGCUUGGAGAAUGCUAGAAAUAACAUCGCCAUGGACACUGAGGACCUGCAUCUCAACCAUGAGCUCCACGAUACAACUAACGGCCCCAUCAUAGCCAUUCAAUUGGAGGAUGAGGAAAGCAAACAGGCCGUUAUUGAAGAUGACAACUGGUCGGAGGAUGCUACGAACGACAUCACCAUGGAUACUGAAGACCUAAAUACCAACAAUGGGCCUAUCGCUACAACUGACGGUCUUGACACAGCCGUGAAAUCUGAAGAUUUGCAUGACCACUUGCACCACAAGAUAUCCGCCUCAGCCGACGAUGUCGAGGCCAACAUCGCUAUGGACAACAAACACUCCACUGGUAGCAACGAACCUCUAGCUACAGGUGACGACCUUGUCACAGUCGCGGAACUGGACGAUUCACAUGCUCAUCCCUUGCACCCUGAGACAUCCCAUUUAAGUGACGAUGCUGAGAGUACCCUCGCUACGGACCAUCACCCUGAGCUAAAUGCCGCUACCAAGUCUUCCGAUGAGAUUGCCGACUCCCCACAGCCAGUCGAAUCAAGUCAGUUGCUCGACGUGCCCAAAUCUAACUCGUCGCCCGUAUCAGUCCAAACUCCCCAGCCGGACGAAUUCGCGGUGCCAGAUGGGGAUGUCGAUGAAUAUGAAUACCGCACGUUGAUUGGCAGCGAAGAUGAGGAUAUUCAUCACUGGAAUUGGUUUGGCCGCGCAAUGUAUGCACCAACUGCAACCCCACCAGCUGUCUCCCUUGCAUUUAUGCAGGUCCGACCUAAAGUACCAAAGGGGCGAGACGAACUUCGCGUGAUUUCCAUUCUGAACCGUGCUCUUCAUCAAAUUGACCCCGUCAUUUUGAGGGUCGACAGGGGAAAUGAAGGAGUUUUGCAGAUGCAUGGGUCCGAAAUGAUUGAAGUCUGCGAUGGAAACACCUACACUCACUAUUCUCUCCACGGAAAUUGGAUGAGUGAUGAUUUUUCAAUGCGCCGAAUGAUUGUUCCGGACUCUGGGGCGCCAUGGAUGGAUUGGCGAGAUCAACUGGUCGCUGCCGCUCAGGAACCAUCUCGCUCUCCACGAAAGCUCACUUGGAACCCAACUCCUUCAUGUUUCAAGAUCGAGUCCAUGGCAUCCAAAAAGCCAUCUCCACCAAGUCACAUUCCCAGUUACUCUUUUGCCCCUCUGGAGAUCAUGAGCUUUAUCAUCCAAAAGGCUUGGGCCACCGAAAGAAAGGUUGCUCGCACAUUCAUUUCUCUGCCACUUGGCGUCAUGGGGCCCAUAAUCAAGAAGGCUCCUGUCCUGAAGACUGUCCCCCAUCCACCACUUCCUUUUCCGAUUGGCAUCAUAGGCAACACCACCAACAAGGCUUGGGCUACGGCCAAAAAUGAUUUCAGAAAAGUUUUUGUUUUCUCUAUUGGAAUCAUCAAGAACGCAUGGGAGUUCAUCAAAGCUGCUUUCCAUUCACACACUGUUAUGCCUGAGGUUGUUUCAUUCUUAUCAGGCUAA